AGAAAACCUUAACCUACUCGAUUUCAAUCAAGAUUUCCUAUAGGCAGCAAUGGUGGGGUGGAGGAUUCGAGCAGACAUGGCGGAAAUAGACGUUGGACGAGUUACAUUUCCUGGAAGGAGAUACAAAAAGGGAAAAGUAAAGUAUGUUGAUUUAGUGGACAUUGACGAGUUCUCUAUUCAUGAUAUCGAUGAAAUGAUGAACAUCCUUGGCUGUGUGGAGGAAGGUAAGCUAUUGUAUUAUCACUUCAAAAGACCAUUAUUAGAUUUGGACAUUGGUUUGUUUGCUUUGGCUUAUGAUAGUGACAUUAACCACUUAAGGACAUAUGUAGGGAAAUAUAAACUUAUUGAAGUUUAUACAGAUCAUGGUAAGACAAUGUUGAAUACAUAUUUAAUGUCCCCUAACCCUAGUAAAGUUAGGAUUAAGGAAAUUAUUGAACCCCCUGCAUGUUCUGAAAGGCUUUUCUUAGAAUGGAAGGCAUCAACAACAGGGGAUUGUAGUGGUUCUAUGACACCAGAAGUUGAUCAAUGUGGAAAACCCCCAAAUGAGCCUCAAUUUCAAACACAAGGUUUUGAUCAAGACUUUACUUCAUUUGUACAAAACUUUGAUCAAGACUUUACUACAUUUGUACAAGAUGAGGUCAAUAGAAGUGAGGACAUUAGAGUGCAUGGUGAUGAUUUGACUGAUAAUAAAGAUAAUGACUUCCUAUUAGACAAGGAUAACAUGAUUGAUGAGCCUGACAUAGAUAUGAAAGAAUUCUUCUUGAACAUUGACUAA